CAAAUAAAAGAGCGAAUGAAUAUGGUUGGUGAUAGUCUGCACUAGAAUUCGCUACCUCGGGUUACGGAGUUAAGGUAGAAUCCUUGCUUUAUCUGAUUUAAAGGCAUACACGUCUUCCCUCCCUACGCUAGCCAAAUCUUAAGAAAGCUCUUCGCUUUCAAUACGUCUUCCUCCAACGUCUUUCCAGUCUCAGAUCGAGCCAUAACCGACCUGCAACCCCAGAAGCCACGCAUAGAAACGUCACCAAGCCAAACCAGAGCUAUCAAGAUGUCAAGCCGUACUGCUAUUCCUUCGCGCAUCCCCAGCCUUGGUCAGGUCCUCAUUGUGCUUGUUUCCCUGACCACAAGUGUUGGCGCCUUCCUCGCCGACUGGAAUGACACGCACAUCUAUCACCCUCAGUGGCUUCCUCACGCCAAGUUCCAUAACGGGCAAACAAUGUCAAUGGGACUACUCCUUGGCCUUGCAACACUAUGGUACGCUUUCGUCCCAGGAAGACUGCCAUCAAAGAGUGGUCUCUCAGCCGAGGCAUGGACUAACGUGCGCCGUUCGGCGGCGCUGGAGCGACUGCACACUACAAUACUGCUGGGAACCCUAUACUGGGUGACGCAGGCGAGUGCACACUUUUACCCCGGUGUGGCCGCAUUCGAUCCUGUGCCCGGUCGCGAGCACGAGGUACACGACCCACUCCUGCAGGCCAAGAUAGAGGUCGUUAUGCUUGGUAUGCUGUUAGCGACGUGGUGGCUAGAGAAGAAGCGGAUUCUAUCAGAGCUCGUAUGAUAAAGAGGGGAUUUUAGAAAGAGCUUGGAUGGCGGAAGGUUUUUGAGGAGUUGUGCACCUUGUGGUUUGCGAAUCUGUGUAUUUGGCAGCAGGUUGAAGCAAGCUACAACAGGUAUACGUGUAUGGCAACAUAUCGACGGGAAAAAACGAGUCGUGUCUGUAAAGCUGGGGUGGGAGAGAUCACAACCUGCUACCGUCCGUAUGCCUCCGCUAUGGCCUGAGAGAUGGUCAUGAACACGAGAAAUUAUUAGCGCAGCAUGAUUGAAACUUUGCUAAGAGCUCUCAAAAUGUCAGA